UUUUUGUGUAAAAAUGAUUGACUGUGACAUCUGAAUGAUUGACUGUGACAGUGAUUCUGUUACUUUAGAGAUCUAUUUAAAAAUGAUAAUAUGAUAAAAGUAAAUAAGUACUAUAACAGGACAGUUUUAUUUCAGGAACAUGUAUAAAGACUUCAUAUUAAGAUCUGGAACAUUAUAGUUAGACAGAGGGCAUGAUGGCUUUAGAAAGGAAAUUUCUCUCAUCGUAGUCGGUCACUCUUGAAGAACAGUAACAACCUUGAUAGAGGAGGAAAAAUCAUCAUAUCAGUUAUCAUAAUAUGGCUCGUCCUAUGAAAAUGUAUUCCACAUAUUCGGUAUUUGUUGGACGUUUUCCUCCUGAUACAAAGAAGCAUGAACUGCGUGAUUUGUUUGAAGGAUGUGGAGAGAUUGUUGAUGUUGUUAUUUUAGAUAACAGUAAUGGUCAACCCUAUGGAUUUGUUCGGUUCACCAACAAGGAUUCAGCUCUGUGUGCCGUCAGUGAACUCAAUCUCUGGGUAUUUAACGGGAGUAAUAUUAUUGUGGCACUUGAGAAAUCUACACAAGUUAAAAUAGAUAAAGAAAAGGAAGGACUGCUAGUAACAGAUGGUUGCGGUCCAAGAAAGAAGAACGAUUUGAGAAAUCAGGGCAGGUCUAGAGGAACAGACUUUAUUACAGAUACCAUGAACUGGGCCAGGUUACAGGAAAGUGUAACUGCAGUAAACCUUAAGCAUUCCAACAACAAUCAUUUGUCAAUGAAGAAACUGAGUGAAGACAUUGAUAGGGUAAAAGAUAACAGAUGUACAAGACUAUGGGGUAGUGUUGAUGAUGCCUCAACAAACUUCUCCCAGAUUUCAAGCAAAAUCAUGCAACGGUGCCAAGCUCAAGGGGAAAAAGAACGGGGAAAGAAAAAUUGUGCCGAGUUCAUGUCUGCUUUAAGGACAAUAAUGAAAGAAAUUGAGGCAGUAUUAGGUCAGAAAGAUGAUAGCAAUGUUGAGGAAAUAGAUGAUAAAGAAUUGGAGGAAAUUAAUCAACUAGUAUUAGAGGGAAAACUUGUAAGGGAGGUAAAUGAAGAACUAGAAAAAGAAGGUGAAAUAAUGAAAAGUGAAUGUGAUGUUUUUGGGAGACACACAAAUGAGACAGAUAGGAUUGUGCCAAAGAAAAGAUUGAGUGAUGCAAGUGUACAGACUGUGACUUUAGAAGAAGAGUAUCACAUUGAUGUGCCUGACUGUUUAUCUGAUAGGGAGAUUACACAAUCUCCUCGUGACAGAUUUGAUGACUUCGAUCCAGCAAUAAUUGACUUCCAUUUAUCUCCAAGAAAUGAGAUUAAAAAGAAAGAAAAGAGAAGAGAGGCAGAAGUAAACAGAUCUAGAGCCACAGAUAAAGCUGAUAUUGUUCAAGAGCUGUAUUCAAAGAUGAACUUAAGUAAUGGGGUUGUUGUUGACAACAACUUUGAAAGAUCUGUCUCUAGAGAUUCUAGCAUAUCAGAUGAUGGUGUUAUAGAUGAUUCUGGUGUAGAGUCUGAUUGUUUUGGUGGAGCGAAGGGUCGGAGGUCACUCGGUAUUCUUGAUAGUAUGUUAGGAGAGAACGGCCAUUAUGUAGAUAAUGAUUCUACCAACAUGCGACGGCUACAUGGUUCUGCCUCAGAACCAAGCCUGAGACAACCUGAUCAUCACCAGUAUCUCUUGAAAAGUAGAGGUAGAGGCAAUGGUUCUCAACUUCUCAAUGGACAAACAUCUAUUCCAGCUUUAGGGAGAGGAAUGUUGGCAAAUCUUACAAGCCUGAAACAUCCUGUUGGUAGAGGACAUCAUAGCUAGAGUUGUGCACAUAUUAUUUUAUCCUAUAUUUUUAUUCUUGGCUCAUAUGGUCAAUCAGACAAGACCACAUGAUUGAUAGUUCAUUACACACCACAUGAUUGAUAGUUUAUUACAUACCACAUAAUUGAUAGUUCAUUACUUACCACGGCAGAAAUCAAUACAAAACAUUAUUAUAGAAUGAAACUAUCAUACUCUGUUAUGUUAUGCUUGUAAAAUUUACCAGUCAUUUUGGGACAUCUAGAACUUAAGUGUUCAUUAUAUAAGUCUUAUUCAGUGUUUGAAUUGUAUACAAACAUAUGAGCCGCGUCACGACAAAAC